AUGGCUUCUGUUGACAGUAGUCGGAUUAAUACCCUUAUCGGAAAUCUCAGCAGUCUUUCCCCAAAGUUGUCAGAAGGCGACGAAGAUGCCAGGAAGCAGGCCCUACUACUAACUCGAAAGCUCGCGGCUUCUAUCGAGAAACCGGAAAACUUGGCAAUAGAGUUAUCCUACGCGCCAUUCUACAGUGUCUUCACGAGGGUCGCUGUUGAUCUUAACAUCUUCAAAAUCAUCGCUGACCACGACGGUCCAACUACCUCCCUGGAGUUGGCGGCAUUAACGGGUGCGGAUGAAAUAAUGCUCGUCAGGAUCCUUCGGCUAAUAUCUUCACUGGGAUUCGUUGAAGAAGUUGGUGAACGUACAUGGAUAGCGACGCCCAUCACCAAGGUAAUGGCUAAGGAGGAAAUUGCCGCGACACACAGGAUGGUACACGACUGCCUCGUCCAGCCGAUAGUGAAGGCUCCGAAAUAUUUCAAAGAAGCCGGCUACAAAUUCCCUACAGACCCUAAGGAUGGUUUGAUACAAUAUGCCUACCAGACGAAACUUUCAUCUUUCGACCUACUCAGUUCGAUCCCACAGCUCUUGCACGAUUUCAAUCUAUCUAUGGGGAACACAAUGGGCGACAGGAAGUUUUGGUUCGACUGGUUUCCGGUCAAAGAAGAACUCGUGUCAGGGGCUGGCCUCACCAAGAACUCAGUAUUGCUGAUAGAUAUCGGUGGGGGAAAGGGCCACGAUUUGAUCUCCUUCCAUGAAAGGUUUCCGCAUGUAGAGGGACGCCUUAUUCUACAAGAUUCGGCCCCGGUAAUUACCAACAUACGCGACAUGAUCCCAGUGAUUGAACCGAUGACAUACAACUUCUUCACCGAACAGCCCAUCAAAGGCGCGAGGGCAUAUUUCUACCAUCACAUUCUACAUGACUGGUCCGAUGAGCAGUGUUUACUGAUACUGAAGCCGGUUAAAGAGGCUAUGAAGCCUGGAUACUCCAAGCUAAUUUUGCAUGAUUCGAUCGUACCAGAGCAAGGGGCUUCAUCAUAUCAGGGAAUGUUGGAUCUGGGAAUGAUGGCAUUCAACGGGGGACUAGAAAGGAGUGAGAGACAAUGGCGAGAACUACUUGAGAAGGCCGGGUUUGACAUUGUUAAAGUUUGGUUGCCACCUCAGUAUGAUGCUGAUGGGAUUAUAGAAGCGAUGCUCAAGGCGUAG